AUGUGCGCCCAUUGCCGCGAUAGAGUAAGCUACCUCCAUUAUUAUGCAACAGGAGACACGUACAAUACCAACUAUGACUGUAGCUGGGACAAUGGCUUGGUCUGUACUACAUCAGUCAACGGGGGGACCUGCAGGGACUACGAGGUGCAGUUUAAGUGUCCAGCUAUAUGUACCUGUAGCUCAUGCUCAUGCGCAACGUGGACUUCCUGGUUGGACAGAGAUAACCCAGGCGGUUAUGGAGACUAUGAACUCGUGGGGCCAACAGGACAUAAUCCGUGCUCCAGUCAUGAACCAAUUGAUAUCCAGUGCCGCGUUAGAGGAACCAAUCAGCCAUGGGAUCAGGCGGGUCAGGUGAUCAGAGUGAAGUGCACGCCCUCUGAAGGGUUCGCCUGCGUCAACAGCGACCAGCCGAGUGGAUAUUGCUAUGAUUACGAAGUUCGUUUUCUGUGUCCAUAA